GAAGAACUUCAUCUCAAACACAUUGUGAAUCGAAACGAUUCCCCAUCCAAUACUACUCAGAAUCAUUGUCCAAAUGUCGUUCGUCCCAAGGCAUGUUCUUUUUUUCGGACUUAUUUGCAGUUUUUUUAUUUUGCAAGCUUUUUCUGAUAUCUCGCUAAACGACUAUGGAGACCCAGCUUAUCCUGGUCGCUGUGUCCUCGAUUUGGGCUCCACGGUGGUACUGCUCAACUUUGGUGAAAUAUACCGACUGAAAUCCCUGCCCUGUACCAAUAUUUUUUGCACUGGCAGUGGCUAUGGGAUGCUCUAUACGUGUGAGAAGAAAUCCCCUCCAGAUGGUUGUCGCUUCACGGAGUAUUUAAAAUGGGAUGAAGCAUAUCCUGAAUGCUGCCAGCGCAAAGUAGUGUGCGAUUGAAAUUUUUUGUGGACGAUUAUCUUUCUUCGGAAUUAAUUAAUUUGCCUCAUUCUGUACAAAUUUGAAAUUGACGAAACCCAGUUGGACAUUCGAGUUAUGCUAAAUUUCCAGCUUCCAAGUUUACAAUUGUUCUGCAUAAAUUUAUUUAUGAGCUUA